AUGGCUGAGACAGCGAUAACUUCGCAGCUACUCGAGGAGGCUGGCCUGAGCUUGGAGUUCCAAGAGGAGGGCACACGGCUGGUGAUCCGGGCCGGUGGCGGCCCGAAGCGCAGCGCCGGCGCCGAGGUGGUGGCAGCGUUGCUGAAAGCUGAUCGGCGGAUCCGAGCCCUGGACCUCCGGCACUCCCAGCUCAACGACAACGGCUUGGCGCAGAUUUCUUUGGUGGUUCGCCAGACCGAUCAGCUGGAGGAGCUGCACUGCCAUCCCGUGGGCCACACGGGGCUCCAGUUCCUCCUCGGCCUGGUUCGGCGCUGUUCCCGGCUGCGAAUCCUCAGCGUGGAGGUCUGCGAUUGCCCGACGCUUUUCGUCGGUCGACAGACCCUUGCACCAGCAGAUUUCGACACGUCCGACUACACUGCACCGAAGGUGGAGGUGGAGGAUGAAGUUGAAGACCCUGAGGAAGCCGAAGCCAAAGCCGCAGCGCAGGUGGAGAAGCUGCGGCAGCUCUUUGCCGAGAACGACUACGAUUCAGGGGACGAGACGGCGCCCAAGGAGGAGCCGAGCGGCGCCGGGGUGCUGAGGAAGCUGCUGCAGGAGCUGGCCAAAGCCGUGAGGGAGACGCCCAGCUUGAGUUCCGUGGACUGCUUCGGCGAGAUGGUGCCCUGGGACGUGAAACUGGACAUCACCCGAGCUGCAGAGGAGCACCAGGCCCAGAAGCAGAAACGCCUCGCCGAGAGCCAGGAGGCCGGCUCGCGCACGGCCUCCGACGUCAUGAAGGACCAGAUGGCAGAGAUCACCUCCAUCCUCCAACACAUGCAGGAGAGUGGCAUCGAGGGUGUUUUGCCUGGAGAGGAGGCUUCGCAGAAGCCGACCUUCCUUCCUAUCCGCUCCUACAUCGCAAGGCGGCUGCACUCGGCGCUGGGAGAGGCGCUCUUCGAGUGCGAGCGUUUCAAGUCCAAAGAGAACAAGGCUCUCGACACGCCGCAGGGUGAGAUGGCCUUCCUGGCCAUGUGUGCGAAGCCGCCGUCCACCGUGGCGAACGGCCGGUAUCAGAUCGAGAAGAAGCUGGGUGCAGGUUGUUUUGGGGAGGUCUGGCAGGGUAGGGACAAACAAACCAACGAGAAGGUCGCGGUGAAGUUCGAGGACUCCUCGGGGCAUGCGCUGCAGUUGGAGCACGAGCAAGCGGUCUUGAAGCUCAUGGCUCAGCCACGUAGGCCUCAAGGCUUUGCAGAGCUCUUUUGGUGUGGACAGGAGCAACGCUUCAUGUGCCUGGUCAUGGAGAUGCUGGGCAAGUCCCUCGAGGACCGGCUACAAGGCCUUGGAGGACAAGGAAACCCUCCACGCUUCAAUCCUCAGACAGCAGUCCUCGUUGCGGACCAAGUGCUGCGGCGCAUUGAGUACUUGCACUCCAAGGGCAUCGUCCAUCGCGACAUCAAGCCAGAGAACUUUAUGUUCGGAAUCAAGAGCAGGGUCCACCACCUUUAUCUGAUCGAUUUCGGUCUCAGCAAGAAGUACUUCGACCAGAAGCAUGUAGCGCUUCGGACGCAGCUCAGCCUCACAGGGACGGCCAGGUAUGCAUCCAUCAAUGCCCACAAGGGCGUUGAGCAGAGUAGGCGCGACGAUCUGGAGGCAGACCCGGAGCUAACGAGUCGUCUAAGUGUAGAUGAAAUGGGUCACACCUGGAUCACGGUUAAGAAAUUCAAUCAUAUCAAUACUGUAUCGUCUGAUGAAGCGGAAUUUGCGUGGGUGAUGGUGCCCGCUGGACGAUAUCCCGGCACUGGAAGCUUUCUGCUUGGACAAGCUGCCAAGCUGUGA